CAAAAGGCCUCGUCCUUACUCCGGAUGCCGUAUUCCCGAAUGCCGUACCCUCGGUUUUGUCUCCACUGCUUUUAAUAAUGGAGCUCGAUUCGGUUUCGACGCCGACCCGCAUUUCCCCCUCCCUUGGAUAUCCCCUUCCCCAGGUGAGGUUUCUCGUCCAGUCUCCACUGUCCCCGCAAACACCGUCACGAGGUCCCUGAGAGCACAAAUACGAAACCCAACCAACAGGAGCUCGAGAAAACGAGGAGGAGGAGGAGGAGCCUGAUUCCGUUCUACUUCGUUGUCCAUGUCGUCGUCCGUUUUUUUGCUUUCUAUGGAUCCUUCCGAUCCCUCCUUCUGGAAGGAGUUCCUCGUCGGGAUGCUCAAGCCGGCGGCGGCCACGUCGGUGGUUCUGAUGGCGGUGGUGCUGUCCUUCUUCCAGAAGCUGGGGCUGGAGGGGGAGAUGGUGUAUGCGAUCGCCAGGGCCUUUCUCCAGCUCUCUGUUAUCGGGUUCGUGCUCCAGUUCAUCUUUACACAGAAGAAUGCCGGGUGGAUCAUCCUCGCCUACUUGUUCAUGGUAUCUGUUGCAGGCUAUACAGCAGGUCAACGUGCAAAACAUGUUCCUCGUGGAAAGUACAUAGCUGGCGUCUCCAUUUUGGCAGGAACAGCAGUGACCAUGUUCUUGCUCGUUUUACUGAAUGUUUUUCCCUUCACUCCACGGUACAUUAUUCCUGUUGCUGGCAUGAUGGUAGGUAAUGCAAUGACUGUGACUGGAGUUACCAUGAAAAAGCUCAGAGAAGAUCUCAAAAUCCAAAAGAACCUGGUGGAGACAGCACUGGCUCUUGGUGCAACACCACGUCAAGCAACACUUCAGCAGGUGAAGAGAUCUCUAAUCAUAGCAUUGUCACCGGUAGUGGACAAUGCCAAGACAGUGGGUCUUAUAUCUCUUCCAGGUGCCAUGACUGGUCUUAUAAUGGGAGGCGCAUCACCCUUGGAAGCUAUCCAGCUGCAGAUAGUUGUCAUGAACAUGCUUAUGGGGGCAUCAACAGUUAGCAGCAUCUUGUCAACCUACUUGUGCUGGCCUGUGUUUUUCACCAAAGCCUACCAAUUGGAACCCAAAGUUUUUACUGCAGAUUAAUUAUUCCUUUUUUUUUUUUGAGAAAAAAAAGAGGGAAAGUUAUGUAGACUAAGUCCCCAUGCACCCCCCUUGCCUCCCCACCAUCGACCGUCAACUGUGUUAUGAUCUGGGAUGCAAGCAAAUGAGCUUGCUAUGGUAAAGUUUCGCUGUGUCUGGCUGUAACUUAUUUCUGUCAUAGGAAGUUAGGAACAUUUUCUUCUUCUGGAGUUUGGAGGAAAACUAAAGCUUCAACUGAAGGUUCCAGUUGUUGUUUCAGAA